AUGGUACGAAGAAAUAUGGUCACGAUUUUAAAGCUAUAUAUAGAAAUUAAGACAUAAUUAUGAAAGGAAGGACUUGUUAGAAUUUUUGUUGGAGUAGAGAGAUCAACUGAUCAAGCGCUACGGGGUUUGUGUAGCGGGUCACAGUUACGGGGCGUGCGGAUCUACCAUGACCCGAACUGGAUCGUCCUCAUCUAGCAUCUCAUUUGCUCGAGACGCUGCGGGCUUCGAUUUCAAUCUGGAGAGGAUAACUUGACCAUUACAGAGAAAAAAUCAUAUAAGGUGGGCGUAACAAUGAGACAGUAGGGGCAAUAUCCUGAUUCAGGACUUGGCUCAUAUUCAGUUUCUCAAAUGCAUCAAGUUCCCAGUCAAAGGAUGGAACAAAGCCACCCUGAUCCUUUUGAAGGACGGCUGGAAGCCUUCACUCCAGAGAGAGAGAAUUCAUAUAUAGCUUCGAAAAAUGAGGAUCAAUGGAGAUGGGAAAGAGAUGAGUCGAAGAUGCCAAAUUCUAUGGCCUCUCACAUGUUCAAUGAAGGUCAAGGGGGUGAUCUCAGAAGAUCAUACUUUCAAGGUCAGAGACCAAAUCCAAAAUUGGUUCUUGAGAAAGGAAGCAACAGCGAUCUCAGAUUUCAAUCCCAUGGAAAAAACAUGGAAAGUAGGUUUGGAGAUGGCCUGCUGCCGCAGAAUUUUGACGGUCUCGAGCAGAAAUUCAUUGAUGACAUCAUUAACUUUUCCAAGGAACAAAGUGAUGCAGAGGAUGAGGAAAAUGCUCGACAUAGAGAGAGAAUUAUCGCUAUCAAUUCUCAGUACGAGGAGCAAUUAGCAGCACUUCGAGCUCAGCAUGCUGGUCGUCGUGAUGAGCUGCUACGAAGGGAAUCAAGUGCACGGCACCAUCAGUAUCAGAAGGGAAUAAGGGACCAUUACCCAAAUGGGGGCAUUGGCCCAGGUAAUCCUCGUGGCAGUAGUGGAGUUACAACCUUAGCUACUUCUGGACGAGCACAUCAAAAUUAUGAAUCUGAACACUUCAAUUCCUACAGAGAAUGAACUCGGUUUCUUGGGAAUUCUGCGCGGAAUUCUAAUUUGGAUUCGAGUUUAUGACACUGGCUCACGGUUAGGUUCCAGUGGCAACAUCACGUGGCACGUGAGCACAUAUCCAUUGCCUCCAGAUCUUGACCAGCAAUUGCAAUACGGUGGUCUCACUUUUCUGUCUCUCUUCUUUUGUGUUAUUAUUAUCAAUGAUAUCUGUUAGGGCCUCGCUCUGAAACUGCCUGCUCAAUAUUCACAGCAUACACACUUUUACUUGCUGGGAUAAAGAAAUCAUGUUGUUCUUCGCUUUAAUAUUUCACUUUGUUAGUGAUUCUGUUAGAAUUGGAUGCCAUUCCCUUUCUCUUUCGCCUGGGUUUGGUUUGGUUUCCUUGAAGCCAAAUAGAAUCCUACCUUCAUUCCCAAAUAAAGUUAUUGGGGUUUAAGGAUUGCUUA